UCUCGCCGGAGAAUCGGAGGCUCUUCGUUUUCCGUUGUUCACACAGCAGAAGUUUUCAAUAUGGUGAAACAAGAACAAAUGGAUGUAGUUACUGAAAAAGAGUGGGAGUAUCGUGCAUUGAAGGCAAGGAUAGAAGAAAGGAAAAAAGACCGCAAGAAGAAACAAGAGGACAGACCAACUUUAAUGUGGGAGACUUGGGAAGAAACAUAUGACAAAUGGCUUGUGAAACACUUCGCAGAUGAUUUGGAUAAUCAGAAUGAGUUUUUGUGUGAAACGGCGGAGCCAUCAUCAGAUAUGAUUGUGCCAUUGUUCAGGUACCAGAAGGAGUGGUUGUUUUGGGCACUUAAGCAAGAAGAAUCUUCAUCCAAAGGGGGUAUUCUUGCUGAUGAGAUGGGAAUGGGGAAGACUAUCCAAGCGAUAGCACUUGUGCUUGCUAAACGGGAAUUAGGGAAAACAAUUAGCAAAUCUAGUUUAUUGUCAUCUUCAUCCAGUACUAAGCAAGAACUCUCAGCAGUAAAAGGCACUCUUAUCUUAUGUCCUAUGGUUGCUGUCCUUCAGUGGGUUACUGAGAUCAAUCGAUGCACCAUUGAAGGUAGCAACAAAAUUCUUGUGUAUCAUGGUUCCAACAGAAGGAAACUUAGCCACGAUAUUGAAGAAUAUGAUUUUGUCAUCACCACAUACUCCACUGUUGAGGCUGAAUAUAGGAAAUAUGUCAUGCAGCCGAAACAAAAGUGCGAGUGGUGUGGCAAAGCAUAUUAUGAAGAAAAGUUGCCCAUUCACCAGAAGAGGUUUUGUGGACCAGAUGGUGUUAAAACUGCCAAGCAGUCAAAGAAGCAGAGGAAGAAGUUAAAACUUGACGAGGAAUUGUUGAUGCAGAAAACAGAUUCUACUGAGUCAGAGACUUAUUUGCAGAUAACAGAUUAUAUGGAGUCAGAGACGAAUGUGCAGGAAGAAGGUUCUACCCCGGAGACUGAUAUGAAGAAAAUGGGUCGUAGGAAGUACAUGAAGCGUAGUAGCAUGGCAGAAGAAGGAAAAAAUGAUGGUUCUAUGGAUAAUUCAUCCAGUGUAAAUCAAGAUUUGCCACAGAGGAAGUCAAUUUUGCAUUCAGUGAAGUGGGAUCGCAUCAUCUUGGAUGAGGCUCAUUAUGUAAAAGAUAGGCGCUGCAACACGACAAAAGCUACUCUUAGUUUGAAAUCUUCUUAUAAGUGGGCCUUAAGUGGUACUCCGAUUCAGAAUCUUGUUGGAGAAUUGUAUUCACUUGUCCGUUUCCUACAAAUAGUACCCUACUCUUUUUACUUUUGCAAGGACUGUGAUUGCAGAACACUUGACUAUAGCUCUACAUCCGAGUGCCCACAAUGCCCCCACAAAUCAGUACGGCACUUUUGCUGGUGGAACAGAUACAUUGCUACACCUAUAAAACGUGAAGGAAGUUAUGGGAGUGGUAGAGAUGCGAUGUUCCUUUUGAAGCAUAAAAUUCUAAAAAGCAUCCUUCUAAGGCGUAGUAAAAAAGGAAGAGCUGCUGAUCUUGCUCUUCCUCUUAAAAUUGUUACUUUGAGAAAAGAUUCUUUGGAUGUCAUAGAAGAAGACUACUACACGUCAUUGUACAAUAAAAGCCAGGCACAAUUUAAUACUUAUGUUAAAGGUGGAACAUUGAUGAAUAACUAUGCACACAUUUUUGAGCUGCUUACACGCCUACGGCAGGCAGUUGAUCAUCCUUAUCUUGUGGUGUACUCGAGUACUGCUUUGGCUAAAAUGUCAAACUCUGGAAAUGUUGAGCAACCUUGUGGCUUAUGUCAUGAUGCAGUAGGAGAUCCAGCUGUUACUUCUUGCAUGCAUGUCUUUUGCAAGACGUGUUUGAUAGACUUUGCUGCAAGUGUUAGACAAGUGCCAUGCCCUCUGUGUUCUGAACUAAUUACAGUUGACUUCACUGUAAAUAUUGAUAAGGUGGAUCAGAAUUCUAAACAGACUCUCAAAGGGUUUAGAUCCUCAAGUAUACUGAACAGAAUUCAGCUAGACAAUUUCCAGUCCAGCACUAAAAUAGAUGCUUUGAGGGAAGAAAUUAGGUUCAUGAUUGAAAGAGAUGGUUCUGCAAAAGGAAUAGUUUUCAGCCAGUUCACAUCGUUUUUGGAUUUGAUACACUAUUCUCUUCAGAAGUCGGGCAUCAAUUGUGUUCAAUUAGUCGGAUCUAUGUCUAUUGACGCAAGAGCUGCAGCAGUUACCAAAUUUACUGAGGAUCCAGAUUGCAGGAUAUUUCUUAUGAGCUUAAAAGCUGGAAGUGUUGCACUCAAUCUUACGGUUGCAUCACAGGUUUUCAUGAUGGAUCCUUGGUGGAAUCCUGCUGUGGAGCGCCAAGCACAAGACCGAAUUCAUCGAAUAGGGCAAUAUAAACCCGUCAGGAUUGUAAGAUUUGUGAUUGAAAAUACAGUUGAAGAGAAGAUCUUAAAGUUACAGGAGAAGAAGGAACUUGUUUUUGAAGGGACAAUUGGUGGCUCUUCAGAGGCCUUUGCAAAGCUAACUGAAGCAGACUUGAAAUUCUUGUUUACAACUUAAAUUGGUUGAUAUUUUGCUCUUUAGUUCAAGAAGCAGAUUCACUUGUAUUUUUUGCUUUUAGAACAAAGUUUGUUCAUAGACUAGU